GUCCAAAUUGCUGAAAACCGGGGAAAACAAAUUUGUUCCCUACAAGCAGCUGCAAAGAGGAGACAAACAAAGGGGCCAUCGUCCCCCUCGUCGCACACCCUGUCUGCAGCGCAAUCUCGGCCUGCACUCGCGUUCUAUGCUCAGUCAGGCCCUCGCUGGCAUUCUCUGCGUAUAUACCAAUUGUUCUUCCCGCCGAAUGGACCAAACGUCUGACAGAAUAGGCUUCAUGGGCGCUGCUCCCGAGCUUCUAGGACCAGACUGCUCUUGCAUCCAGACCGCGAACACCUCUCAAGAUGUGCUUCGUGUCUCACCGCACACCAUAGACCCUAUUCCCGCCUGUGUUUCUGCCCAAUAUGAGUACUGGCACUUCUCCGAAGACGAAUCACGCUAUACGAGUGCGUCAUGCGAUCUGGCCACGGUGAAAGAGUUUACAAAACGGCCAGACUCGUGCGAACACCGUCACCAAAUGCGGCGCGACAUGUAUCCAGCCAUUCUAUCAUGCGAUUUGGAACCAGAGGAGUUCGGAUUGCCAUCGCGCGAGGUUCGAGCAGGAGGUGAUUCCUGUACCGCAGUCGCGAGGUUGUAACUAGAACGAGAUACCCAAUAGCAUCACGACGACGUUCUGUGCACAUCAA